AUGAUAUUAUAUUUUUUCUUACAGGAAGCUCUGAUCAUGGCAAGUAUGGAUCAUCCACACCUUGUUCGCUUAUUGGGUGUGUGUCUAAGCCCAACCAUCCAACUGGUUACUCAACUUAUGCCCCAUGGCUGCCUGCUGGAUUAUGUCCAUGAACACAAGGAUAACAUUGGGUCACAGCUACUGCUGAACUGGUGUGUCCAGAUAGCUAAGGGGAUGAUGUACCUGGAAGAAAGGCGGCUUGUUCAUCGGGAUUUGGCAGCCCGCAAUGUCUUAGUGAAAUCUCCAAACCAUGUGAAGAUCACAGAUUUUGGCUUAGCCCGACUCUUAGAAGGAGAUGAAAAAGAGUAUAAUGCUGAUGGAGGAAAGAUGCCAAUUAAAUGGAUGGCCCUGGAGUGUAUACAUUACAGGAAAUUCACCCAUCAGAGUGAUGUUUGGAGCUAUGGAGUCACUAUAUGGGAACUGAUGACCUUUGGAGGAAAACCUUAUGAUGGAAUUCCAACCAGAGAAAUCCCCGAUUUAUUAGAGAAAGGAGAACGUUUGCCUCAGCCUCCCAUCUGUACUAUUGACGUUUACAUGGUCAUGGUCAAAUGUUGGAUGAUUGAUGCAGACAGUAGACCUAAAUUCAAGGAACUUGCUGCUGAGUUUUCAAGAAUGGCUCGAGACCCUCAAAGAUAUCUAGUUAUUCAGGGUGAUGAUCGCAUGAAGCUUCCUAGUCCAAAUGACAGCAAGUUCUUUCAGAAUCUCUUGGAUGAGGAAGAUUUGGUAGAUAUGAUGGAUGCUGAAGAAUACUUGGUUCCCCAGGCUUUCAACAUCCCUCCUCCCAUCUACACCUCCAGAGCAAGAAUUGAUUCAAAUAGGAGUGAAAUUGGACACAGCCCUCCUCCUGCCUACACCCCCAUGUCGGGAAACCAGUUUGUAUACCGAGACGGAGGCUUCACUGCAGAACAAGCAAUGGCAGUGCCCUAUCGAGCCCCUACCAGCACCAUCCCAGAAGCUCCUGUUGCCCAAGGUGCUGCGGCUGAGAUUUUUGAUGACUCCUGCUGUAAUGGCACCCUACGCAAGCCAGUGACACCCCACAUCCAAGAGGAUAGCAGCACCCAGAGGUACAGUGCUGAUCCCACUGUGUUUGCUCCAGAACGCAGCCCACGAGGAGAGAUGGAUGAAGAAGGAUACAUGACUCCUAUGCGAGACAAACCCAAACAAGAAUAUUUGAAUCCCGUGGAGGAGAACCCUUUUGUUUCUCGGAGAAAAAAUGGAGACCUUCAAGCUUUGGAUAACCCUGAAUAUCACAGUGCUUCCAGUGGUCCACCCAAGACAGAGGAUGAGUAUGUGAAUGAGCCACUGUACCUCAACACCUUCGCCAAUGCCUUGGGGAAUGCUGAAUACCUGAAGAACAGCGUACUGUCUGUGCCAGAGAAGGCCAAGAAAGCUUUCGACAACCCUGACUACUGGAACCACAGUCUGCCACCUCGGAGCACCCUUCAGCACCCAGACUACCUGCAGGAGUACAGCACAAAAUAUUUUUAUAAACAGAAUGGACGGAUCCGGCCUAUUGUGGCAGAGAAUCCUGAAUACCUCUCUGAGUUCUCGCUAAAGCCAGGCACUGUGCUGCCUCCUCCACCCUACAGACACCGGAAUACUGUGGUGUAAGAUCAGCUGUGGUUUGAAGGUGGAGAGACACACCCGCUCCAUUUCCCCACCUCCUCUCUUUCUCUGGUGGUCUUCCUUCUACCCCUAAGGCCAGUAGUUUUGACACUUCCCAGUGGAAGACAUAAAGAUGCAAAGAUAGUUAUGUGUUCACCUAACUUGAACAUUAGAAGGAAGGACUGAAAGAGAAAGAUAGGAGAACCACACUGUUUCUUCAUUUCCCUGCAUGGAUUGGUCAGGACAGUGAACCGAUUAGAGAAGAACCAGAAAAUAGAAGGCAAUACAACUUGCUGUCAAAAUAGUUGUGAACUUUCCUUCCUUCCUUUUUUUCUUUUCUUUUUCUUUUUCAAUGCAGAUGGUUGAAACACCAUGCUAUCUGUUCCUAUCUGCAGAAAUUAGUGUAUGCAUGCUCAGUAGCCCCGGAAAUCAUAAAAGUUUCCAUUAGAACAAAAGGAUAACCAUUUGGAUACCAUAUGAUAGCAACUGAGAUUGAGAAUCAAAUUUCUUUCUCUAGAAGUUUCUAUCCUGGCAAGUAAGAAUGGCUAACCCAGCUCUCACAAUUUUUAAAUCUUUGCCAAAGUUAUAACUAGUAAUUAUGUUUGGAGGGCUUUUUUUUUUAAUUUUAUUUUGCAUUGCUCUUUUCCUUGAUAUUAGUUUCUCCCCUAGUUUGGCUUUAAUUUCUAUUUACAAAGAUAGUUACAUAAAAGCUUCUUGAGAGAAUUUAAAGAAAAAUGUUUUAAUAUGAUGAAGGCCACUGUUUUAAAUUAUCUAGUCUUUAAAAUUAGAAGGGAAGGCCAAGACACUAGUGAAAUGUAAUAUCAGCCCUAGUUAUCAUGUUUUACACUAUUGAAUAUUUCUUCCCCCAUCUUUUAAAUUCUUCAAUGUUUUCUUCUUCUCCAUAAAUAACAGAACUUGAUAGGCAGUCAGUGAUGUUAAAAUUAGAAGGGAAACUAAGAGACGGUUCUGUGUGGUUCAAGAAAAUUACUGACACUUGCAGGGGUGGUCCAAUGGGGAAAUCCAUGAACUGGAAAAAACACACUGGAUUUGGGUAUGUCUACCUGGCAGAUACUCAGAAAUGUAGUUUGCACUUAAGCUAUAAUUUUAUUUGUUCUUUUUCUGAACUCCAUUUUGGAUUUUGAAUGAAGCAAUAUGGAAGCAACCAGCAAAUUAACUAAUUUAAAUACAUUUUUAAAAAAAGAUCUAAGAUAAAGACAGACUGUGGAAAUACCAAGCAAAUUAGGACUUUGGAACAGUAUCCAGGGAUUAUGGUGAGAAAGCCAGCACAUUACCUGCAUAUAUCACAUUUGCUACAUAAGGAAAUCUGUUCAGUUUGUGUACUCCAUAUAAAGUUAAGGAUUGGCUUGAAUUCUAGUAUGAGACUCUAUUUAUAUUGAGUAGAAAGUAACUCUUUGCACAUAAGUUGGUAUAAUGAUAAUAACAUAAAUAUUCAAAGCUUAUGAAUAUGUCCUUAGGUAAAAAUUUGUAAAUAAAUGUGAAAAUAUUCUC